AUGUCUGUUGUUCAAAGUUUCGCCGUCAAUGCAUGCGGAUGUUCGAUCAUCUCUGAUGCCGCAAACCUCUACUGGACAGCACAUUACCUAAAAUUCUCCAAACAUGGGCUCUACCGAUCAAACCUGGAUUCCUCUCCCAUGGGCCACGCUGUCUGCGGUGUUGUCGGCAUGGGCCUUGGGGACAAACACGCGGUGGCCAUUGUUAGUGAUGCAGCAAUGCUGAUGCAGUCAGAGGUCGGUACUGCUGUUCUAUAUGGAUCGAAGGCUAUCUGGUUAGUCAUGAGUGGAAGCCGGUAUGAUUUUGAGCUAUUGGCACUGGCGGUUGGAUGUGACGGAUGUACAGUUAUGGACGAGGAGGGGCUGCGAAAAGCACUUACGGGAGCAUUGGCGAGAGAUGGACCUACUGUCAUCAAUGUUAUCGUAGAUUCUCCGCGCGUGGCACCAUCCAAAGCUUGA